AUGGCGGCAAGUGACCCAGUGGCUAUGGUGGUGAUGGCGGCGCUGCUGGCCGCCAUCACCGCCACACACGGCAGCAACCUCGGCGGCCAAGGGGGGGGAGCUGGAGGAGGCUUCGGUGGUGGUGAUGGAGGCUUCGGUGGAGGAGGAGGCGGAGGAAAUGGAGGAAUAAUAGGAGGCUUGUACGGAACACCAAGUGGAGGAGGUGGAGGUGGAGGUGGAGGUGGUGGUGGUGGUGGAGCAUGCAGACCAAACAUUGAAGUCUCAGUAGUGACAGCCACGCAGUUCAUUCCUACUACCCUUGUGAGCACCAGGACCCGCGCCAUUCCCACCACAAUCUUCAGGGAGAUCACCCACACACGCAUCAUUCCCACCACUCUUGUCUCCAGGGACGUCAUCACCUCCUUCCAGCCGCCAGUGGUGCAGACAAGGACUCAGCUACUGACGGAGACCAAGUACGUGACACGGGCCCAGAUACUCACUGACACGCAGAUCCUGACACAGACGCAGUUCCAGAGAGUGACAGAGACGUCCUUCAGUACCAGAGUCCAGCUGUCCACCACAACCCUCAUCUCUGUGGUCACCAGGACGGAGCAGAACAACCAGAUACAAACGCAAUUCCAGACAGUGUUCCAGACCCUCACGGAGACCCAGCAGCUGACGAGGACUGAAUUCCAGCCAACCUACUUCACUCAGACCCUCACGUCACAUUUCCCCGUGACUCAGACCUCCAUAGCCACGCAGAGAGUUUAUGUCACCGUCACCCAGACCGUCACUGCUCCUAAUACUUGUGGUGGUGGUGGUGGUGGUGGU